CCGGGCUCCUCACUCACCACUCACAACCAAAGGCAAAGCUACUCGACAUUUCCCCUGAAGACGAAACAGAAAGCAGGCCCCUCGAUGGCCAUGACCGGCAAGGAGGCUAGACUGCUCGCGUGCGUGGCGCUCGUCGUCCUCUUGCUCCUCGUAGAGACCACCGCUCCCAGUGGACAAGCUCACGCUAUCGAUUGCGGCGGCGCGUGCUCGUACCGGUGCAGCAAGUCGAGCCGGCCGAACCUGUGCCGGAGGGCGUGCAACACGUGCUGCCAGCGCUGCGGCUGCGUGCCGCCGGGCACCGCCGGCAACGAGGACGUCUGCCCCUGCUACGCCCACAUGACCACGCACAACGGACGCCACAAGUGCCCUUGAAGAUCGAAAUGGCUAGCUAGCUCAACGAUCUAGCACAACUCAUGGCGACGCAAUUCCACAGAUCAUAUGCUGCGUACUAGGAAUAUGUACUACGUAUGUCUAUGCUCGAUCAAGCGUAUAUAUAGAUCGACAGUACGAACUAAUAAAUCAGGUGUUGGCUUUGUAAUAGUCUUUCCUUCUGGACAACAUGAACAUGGAGCCUCCUGCUAAGCUAGCAAUUUAGCUA